AUGGAAGCAGGAAUACAACCACAUGUUACAUUAAAUCAUAUAGAUCUACCGCUCAUACUUGAAGACGAAUAUGGAGGAUGGCUUAGUAGAAAAUCAGUGAAAGAUUUUGUUGCAUUUGCUGAUGUAUGCUUCAGGGAAUUUGGUGAUCGGGUUUUGCAUUGGACUACCUUUAAUGAAGCCAAUUUAUAUGCUUUAGGUGGUUAUGAUACAGGCAGUUCACCUCCUGGACGUUGUUCUUCCCCAUUUAGGAUGAUUAACUGCAGCAGAGGUGACUCUACUUAUGAGCCAUACCUUGUUGCUCACCAUUUUCUUCUGGCACAUGCAUCGACUGUAAGACUCUACUGGGGAAAAUACAAGCAUGGUUCUGUUGGAAUAAAUCUCUUAGCCUUUUGGUUUGAACCUUAUACAAAUACAAUACAAGAUGUCAAAGCUACCCAAAGAGCCAAUGACUUCUAUUUGGGUUGGUUUUUGAAUCCUUUGGUGAACGGAGACUACCCAGACAUAAUGAAGAAGAAUGCAGGCAACCGGAUUCCAACUUUUACCAAACUUGAAUCAGAGAGAAUCAAGGGUUCAUUUGACUUCUUAGGCAUAAACCACUAUACCACAUUAUACAUCAAGGACAACCCCAAUGAUCUUGAAACUGAUACCAGGGACGUUUAUGCAGACAUGGCGCUUAUAUUUCAGUUCCCCGUGAUUCCAAUCGGUCUGGAAAAGCUCCUUAACUAUCUGAAGGAAGAAUAUGAGAACCCUCCUGUGAAUGGAUCAAACACGAAGGGAUAUUUUGUCUGGUCCUUCUUUGAUCUCCUUGAGAUGUUGGGUGGCUAUAAUUAUGGUUAUGGUCUCUACUACGUUGACCUUGAUGACAAGGAGUUGACACGAUAUCCUAAGCUCUCUGCACACUGGUAUGCCAAUUUUUUGAAAGGAAACAACGUCAACGUCUCUGCCAUAAUUCCAUACUUGAAGGUAAAAGACUCUUUUUCUAAUUAA